AUGUUGGAGGUUGAAUGCAGAGGUUCUCCAAGGCAAAUUGGCAUACAACACGGAAGGGCAGCCUCCAAGCAGAUCAGUGGAAGCAUUGCCUUCUAUGCAGAUCUUUUUAAGAAGUACACCGGCAAGACUUGGGACGAUGUCCUUCCAAUUGCUCAGACAUUUGCCAAUAGUAUACUGCAAAAAUGGCCCAGCUAUUUUCAGGAAAUCGAAGGGAUAGCUCACGGAUCUGGCAACGAUACUCUUGACAUAAUCGCCCUCAAUGUUAGAACCGAGAUCGCUUUCGGGCUACUAUCCGAGAAUCACAGAAGUGAUGGAUGCACGACGGUUUCUUGGGCCUCUUGCGGCCAAUAUUUCCUUGGACAGAACCGGGACUGGAUGGAGGAACAGAAGCAGAACCUUCUCCUGCUCACGAUAGUGUCGGAUGACGCUCCAACCAAGAAGAUGGUCACAGAGGCCGGCAUACUAGGGAAGAUUGGCCUCAAUUCAGCUGGGGUGGGAGUUUGCCUGAACGCCAUCAGGGCCCGUGGAUAUAGCGACACACGCUUGCCGGUCCACCUGGCCCUGCGCGUGGCACUAGAUGCAAAUUCGGCGGCAGAGGCCGCAAAGACACUGGAGGAGACUGGUGUGGGAGGCGCUGCUCAUAUACUGGUUGCAGAUUGUCAAGAGACAAUUUCGCUGGAGUUCACAUUUGAGAAUUGUAUCAGACUGCUACCGGAUGAGAGAGGCGUCCUUUUGCACACCAACCAUAUGCGGGGACUGCACAGGAGCAUUGACGAAUCGCCCGAAGAAGACUCUUUCGCCAGGAUGGAGAGAAUACAAGUGCUGACAGAUGAGGUUUUAUCCAGCCGUGAAAAGUUGUCACUGCACGAAUUUGCAGGGCUUUUUGAUGACCAUGACGGAUUCCCACAGUCGAUAUGUCGUUCACAACAGGAGCCCAGCGAGGAUACUACUGUCUUCAAUAUUGUGAUGGACCUUCAGCUGAAAAUAGCUCGAGUGAGACUGGGGAGACCGUGCUGCGUUGAAAAUGAAUACAUUCUGAGCUUCCAGGACUAUUGA